UUUCACAUCCGGUACACGAGAUCACCGGUUUGUCAACAGAGUAAACUUGAAAUGUGGUUAUAACACAAAUGUACAUCACAGACAGUGGUCAAUAUUGUCUAACGAUGUUGGAAACAAAAUUAUUGAGUCUAUUACAUGUUUUGAUAGCUGUAGGGGAUUUCUUAAGACAUUGUUUUUAUAGUCUACCCAUUCGUUUUCCUUACCAAUGGAAGAAUUUACAACAGAAAGCUGAUGCAAGAGACCUGAAGAAAGUGCCAACACACCUCGGUGUGAUAGUAUGUGAGGAGGAUAUAUCGCUACCUGAUAUAGCGAACUUAAUAGUGUGGUCAAUAGCAUUAGGAGUGUCCUACUUCAGUAUAUACGACCUCAAUGGUUAUAUAAAGAGAAAGAGAAAAGAAUUAAAAGAAGCACUAGAUAAUGCACAAAAGAAAUGUUUGGACGAGGAGCAGAGGAAGUAUACAAUAGUCAUCCAUAAUGAUGCUGAGUCAAGGCCUCAUGAAAAUGGUUGUUACAGUUCCAAUAAGAUUGAUAUACAGUUGCUGUCAAAAGCUGAUGGUCGACAGAAUUUGGUAGAAACUACACGAUUGCUAAGUCAACAGGUAGCUUCAAAACAGCGGCGAUUAGAAGAUAUUACACCAUCUACUGUUGAAGAAUUUAUUAAAGAAAAAUUCCAUUUCCCUGACCCAGAGUUGAUACUAAGGUUUGGAAAGGGAGAAUGUCUCUUUGGAUUCCAACCCUGGCAGAUUCGACUCACAGAGAUACUAUCGGCCAGGAGUCAUCAUAACUUAGGAUAUAGCUCAUUGACAGACUUGUUUCAUCAAUAUGGAGAAACCAAGCAGAGGUUUGGCAGAUGACCGCUGCACUGCUAGUCACCAGUUCAAAACCAUGUUUCAUCACUCAUUAAGUCUCCUUAUCCACACAUGUUUUCCAUUAGACAUUAGAAUUUGAUUUCUUUUAUGUAAUGGUCUGUAUGUGAUUGAAAGUAUUGACAAAGUCAGAGUUAAGGUAAUUUGUUUUGUAAAAUUUUUUACUGUUCUAAUAUUAUUUUAGGUGCUUUUAUCGAUUGUGUUGUUAUAGAUAUGAUUUACUAUUUCACAGGAAAUAGGAAAAGCUAUGAGAUAAUUUGGAGGAAUUUAUUUGUUAUAAACUUCUACUUAUCAUAUACUGUUAUAAAGUAUACCACUAAAUAUGGUGAAGAUACUGCAGAAUUAAUGGAGCUUUAGAAGUUACUUUGUACAGUUAUUCUGGUCAUAAGACAUUCCUACUCAAACUGUGACCUAAAGUCUACAGUCCCGUUGGUUAAUCUUGUUUAAGUGUUUAUUAUUUAUUAAAACUGUACUAGGGCAUUUGAAUGGGAGUAUCUGUAGCUAUGAAUUUGAAUGUGAGUAUCUGUAGCUAUGAAUUAAUCAUUUUGGUAUAUAUAUAUAUAUUAUAAUAUGUGUUUGAGCCAGUGUCUGAGAUACUACCGUAUGUACCUAGUAUUGUAAAUGGGAGAAAAAAUCUUGGUUUUUGUGAAUUACACUACUCGAACGCCCUGAUGUUCUACGCGAAUGGAAGAUUGACUGGAUUUGAUACUUGAAUUAUAUUACCAGUACAUGCGCACCACAACUGCUUGCUUUACUAUUAAACAUUUUGUUUGUUUAUUAUGAGGGGUUGAUAGCAUACAAUUUUGUUAGGUGGGUUUAAUUGGGUAAACAUGAACAUGUUUAUUGUACUACCAUGGCAUUUACUGAUGACCUAAUUUUUACUCAGUUCAGGAAAGAAGACAUAAAACUAAAUGGUUGCUGAAUGUCUGCUGAUGUUUGUUUUGUUUUAUAAUGAUUUUUUAACUCAAUUGUGUUGAGAUCAGUAAAUAUUUACCGUAAUCAAAGUUUUUUUUUAACCAAUACAUAAAUUGAAGAAAUGAAAACUCAUUUAUAAUUAUUGAAAUCAAUCAAAGUGCUGUCAAUGAUUCAAUUUUGAUGCAAUAAGAGUAGGAAGAAACAGAUAUUAUUGAUAAAUUAUUAAUGUUAAGACGCAACGAAAACCUUUCUUCUAUAUAUACUUAAAAAUUCUACAUCUAGGGUACUAUGAGUUGUGAUCAUUCAUGUUUUUUAUUGUCUUAUAAAAUACUGUUUUGAUGACUUAGAAAAGUUUAUUAUUUCUACAACCAUUAAAAAAAUUUGGAAAAGUUUGAAAGUACCGUACAUGUGAGCAAUAACUUCUACAACAGUCGGUUGACUGUUAUGUUAUGUUUGCCUGUAGCAUAUAUACUUAUAUAUGUGUAAAUGUAUGUGGAAUAGAGAUUUAUUUUAGGGGAAAUGCCAAAUAAAAGGAUUUUGUACCAGA